AUGGCAUUAGAUUCACUACAGGAAUCAGAGCCUCUCGCCGGACACAGCAGGUUCAGCUCAAGUAGAUUUGGAUUCGACACGGCGUGCUGCAUUUCAUUUAUCGAGGUUGAGUUACAGAGAAGAAACAAAGUUGUCCUGAAAAUUUACAAAAGGACCCUGCAAAGUAAAAAUAAAAGCAAUCAAGUCCUCCACUACAGCAACUUGGACUUCACCGCCGGCCGUCCUUCUUUUGGCCGGAGACAGAACCACGGGGGUUCCCCUGCCCGCAGCGGUCUCACGCGUCGGCCGUGCCCUGCUCGCGCCGCACGCUCGCCGCCCGCCCGCGCGUCGCUCGCAGCGGCCUCCUGCGCCGACCGCUCUGCCCGUACCGGCCAUGUCCUGCUCGCGCCGCCGCCUCGCUGGAGAAGCUGCAGAGGCCUCCCGCGCCGGCCACUCUGCCCGCACCGGCCAAGCCUGGCUCGCGCCGCCCGCCCCGCUGGAGGAGCCGAAGCGGCCUCCCGCGCCGGCCGCUCUGCCCGCACCGGCCGCUCUGCCCGCACCGGCCAAGCCUGGCUCGCGCUGCCCGCCCCGCUGGAGGAGCCGAAGCGGCCUCCCGCGCCGGCCGCCCUGCCCAUACGAAGUGGAAGGAGGGAGCCAGAGGAGGCGGAGCAGAGGAAGGGGAGGACGAUUGGACGAAGGUUUGCUGGCGGUGGCGGAGGGUUCGCCGGCCGGAGGAGCCGCGGCUGGUGGCGCAGAUUCAGCUCCAUGGAGGAGGAGAAGGAGAGGAACACCAAGCCGGGGCGGACGGCCGCGGAGGCGGCCAGCCUGUUGACCGACGACCUCGUCCUGGAGAUCCUCUCCCGCCUCCCCGCCAGAUCCGUCCACCGCUUCAAGUGCGUCUCCAUGCCCUGGCGCGACCUCAUCGCCGACCCCGCCAACCGCAACAAGCUGCCCCACGCCCUCGCCGGCUUCCUCUACACGACCUACGACUACAUCACAGGCAGGCACCGCCCCCGACACUUCGCCAACGUCUCCGGUGACAGUGCCGCCCCGUUCGACCCUUCCCCGCCGCCUAGCAAGUACAGGGCCAUGUGCCAUGUGGACGCCUGCAAUGGCCUCCUUCUCUACCGCCGCUACGACCACAAGUAUUUUCCCCAUUUUGCCGUGUGCAAUCCCGCCACCGGGAGGUGGGUGGAGCUGCCCCCACUGCCCCCAAAUCCGCAGGCUCCGGAGGUCAGACUUUGCCAUACCGCAGGCCUAGCUUUCGAUCCGGCCGUCUCGUUGCAUUUCCAUGUUCUUUAUUUCAAGCAGGUCAGUAGCUAUAUAGGAAUUCGCACUACAGGAGUGGACAUCUACUCGUCCAGGACAGGAGCCUGGAGUCAUAGGAACAGCGGGACGGUUGAGAAUGUUAUGCUGUAUGCGACUAAAUGUGUUUUUGUUGGCGGCAUGAUGUACCUAUGGGGCAACCUGUACAUCAGCAACGAUUAUGUGCUGGUGGAGGUGGACAUGGAGGGGACAUUGUGGACAACCAUCAGUGUGCCGAACCCUCGAAGAUUUGCUGCAAUUGAAUCGUCACAGGGGUGCCUACACUAUAGUACAGCUUCUGUCAAUGAUAGUAACAAUAUCCUGGUUUCUGAGGUAUCACUCUGGUGCCUCAAGGAUCGCGAUAGUAAAGAAUUUGUCCUGAAGCAUACUGCCAGCUUCAAUAAGCUUAUGAGCAUGACUGGGCAGAAGUAUAAGGUGCUUGGGAUUCAUCCAGAUUGCGAUACGAUUUUCCUGCUUUCAUAUGGACAUGAUACCUUGGUAUCAUUCGAUAUGCAGCAUCAAAAAGUUGGUCGUAUCCUUAAUCUUGACAAAGACCAUGCACAACACUUUCUACCCUAUGUUCCUCUCUUCUCGGAGCCAUUAGCAGAUGCAGAUGGGCAGUAG